AUGUAUUUCGAUUUACUAACUUUAGGCAUAAUACACAACUUAUCCCAGUAUAUCGAAAAUUAUGGCAACACUUUGAAAUUAAAUAUAGGACCAUCAGUUUUUCCCUUAUCGAAAAGCCUGUUGACUAUCGACUAUAAAUUUGUUAAAUUCGUUUUAAACCAGAAUAAAAUUUUGAAAAAAUCACUAAAUUACCAGUUCUUUCGAAGCUGGUUGGGAAAUGGAUUGCUGAUAAGCGACGGCGAUUACUGGAGAAGACACAGGAAAAUUUUAACACUGGCUUUUCACACUGAGAUAUUGAAGGAUUUUGUUGGAGUUUCUGAAUCAGUGGGUGAUGUUCUGAUCGGAAAAUUGGGAAAGUAUGACGGUAAAUCCAGCGUUGACGUACAUCGUUUGGUCACUUUGUGUACUCUAGACAUAAUUUGUGAAACUGCAAUGGGUACAAAAAUGAACGUCCAAAGUGGGGAAAAUUCACAGUAUGUGCAAAGUGUGCAACAGAUGGGUCGAAUCGUCAUUGAAAGAGCCUUGUCGUUAAUAAAAGUUUCAAAAUAUACAUUCUGGUUAUCUAGAGAUUACUACAUUCAGAAUAAUGCACUAAAAAUUUUACAUGGUUUUACGCUAAGUGUCAUCGAUUCCAAAAGAAACAAACCUGUAGAAAAAACAACCAAAAGAAUGGCUUUCUUAGAUUUGCUUCUUAAAGUCUCCCACGACGAGAAUAUCCUCACGAUCGGUGAACUUCAAGAAGAAGUGGAUACGUUCAUGUUCGAGGGACACGAUACAACAGCUGCUGGUAUUUCUUUCAUUUUAUAUUGUUUGGCCGACCAUCCUGAAGAACAGGAACAAGUUCUACAAGAGCAAAAAGAACUGUUCGGAGAUGACAAAAAUCCACCAGUAACUUAUUCAGAUUUACAAGAUAUGAAAUAUUUAGAGUGCGUUAUUAAGGAAACAUUUCGUUUGUAUCCUCCAGUGCCAAUUAUUGGAAGAUACUCAACAGAAGAAAUUAAAUUUGACGAUACUUUAAUACCUAAAAACACCAACAUUGUUUUUUUCAUCUACGGCUUACACAGAAGCUCGGAAUUUUUUCCAGAGCCGGAAAAAUUCAAACCUGAAAGGUUCCAAAAUUUUAAAAGUGCUUUUCCUUAUGCUUAUAUUCCGUUCAGUGCCGGCUCAAGAAAUUGUAUCGGUCAAAGAUUCGCCAUGUUGGAAACGAAAAGCAUAAUUUCGAAAAUCGUGAGGCAUUUUGAAAUUAAACCAACUUUGCCGAGACACGAAUUGAAAUUAUCAGUGGAAACUGUCCUGAAAUCGGUCAAUGGAAUUAAAGUUACACUUAAAAAACGAAAUUGAUGCAGUUGGUUUUUGUUUGAUUGUAGUAAUUGCUAUUUAUACCUUUAUAGCUCUUAUGUCUAGAAAUAAUCAUGCUGGAAUUUAAAGAGAUUACGUCUUAGGCUAAUCUCCCUAGGUGGCAAAUUCAUUUGUAGGAAAUUUGUAGGUUAGCACCAUCACGUAAUUUAAGGAUUAAAGUUCAAGAUUGAA